AUGGAUAUCCCCAAAGGCUAUGUGCCAGUCGUCGCGUUUGGCUUCUGUCCACCUUCAGGGAUCUUCUUCCAGCUUGCCAUGUAUCUCCUCGAUAUCGUGAACGACAUGGCUCAAGUCAGCACUUUUCUACUGCACAGAGACUGGUGGUUUGCAGUGUUUAUGAGCUUCUUCAUCCUCCUAAGCUUGGCGCUGGCCGUCCCGGAGAUGUCGGAGCAGAGCAAGCUGAAGCGCUUCGACCCGCUGGGCGAAGCCCGGCUCUCCUUGGCUCGGGGGGUGCCGACCGUGGCUUGGGAGGUGAUGCUCGCUUGUGAGUGGAGCAUCGAGGCGCCUGCCACCGGGCUCAUCGGGCCCUAUGGCGCAACGUUGCUCCAGCUGACGCCGCUGCAGGCGGCCAGCUGCCUCUAUGGGUUGGUGAGCUCAGCAAAGGGCAUGGCCGAGGGCAGAUUGGGUGCGGAGGUGUCGACCGGCACCGACGGCGCAGAGGCAUAUGCGUUGAAAGCUGUUCGCCCGGCAAAGGCGGCGGCCUUCUUUGCCUGGUACUUGGGCGCAUUUGUGGCGGAGCUGGCGGCCUUCGCCGUGGCGAGUGCCACCUUGCAUCCCAUCAUCAUUUUGCCGGCGUACCUCCUAGGUGCUGUGGCGAACGGC